AACGCUUGUCCCGCAGGUUUGGGGAUAUUUGGGACCUCAAAAAAGCUGCCCAUUUGCUUUUCAUUCACUUCUUUGUGUAACAGCCAUGGCUUCCUCGCUUGCACGCUUUGCUACACGGAGUCUGCAUACUUCUUCUCGGAGACAUGCCCUCUCCAAGUUUGCAAUGCCUGCAAUGAGCCCCACCAUGACGGAGGGUGGUAUUGCUGCCUGGAAAAAGAAAGAAGGCGAAGCCUUCUCUGCUGGAGAUGUGUUGCUUGAGAUCGAAACCGACAAGGCAACUAUAGACGUUGAGGCACAGGAUGAUGGUAUCCUCGCGAAAAUCAUCAUUCCGGACGGCGCCAAAAACAUAUCCGUAGGCUUGCCAAUAGCAAUAAUGGCUGAGGAGGGCGACGACCUGUCUGGCGCCGCCCAGAUGGCUUCCGAGUCGGCAGCUCAACCUUCUCCUGAGCCCACAGCAAAGGAGGAAUCCAAGCCUUCUGCUCCGUCAACUUCCGAGGCACCCAAAGACCCAGUCCCACAGUCUCAGCCUCAAGAGGCCAAGCCAGGGUUAGCCAAGGGUGCUCGCAUAUUUGCUUCUCCAAUAGCCAAGAAGAUUGCCCUGGACCGGGGUAUUCCCCUGUCCCAAGUCAAGGGUACUGGUCCCGAAGGUCGUAUCAUAUGCGAGGACGUCGAGAAAUACCAACCUCCUAUCUCUGCUGUUGAGCCAGCACCACCAACUGCAGAAUAUGUCGAUAUCCCGAUCUCCAACAUGCGCAAAGUCAUCGGUACCCGUCUCACGCAGUCCAAACAGGAGCUACCUCAUUAUUACUUGACCGUCGAAAUCAACAUGGAUAAAGUUCUGAAGCUGCGUGAGGUCUUCAACAAGACGCUGGGAGAAAAAGACAAGACUGCUAAGCUCAGCGUGAAUGACUUUGUUCUCAAGGCGGUGGCCUGUGCUCUCGCUGAUGUUCCAGAGGCCAACUCAGCUUGGCUAGGGGAAGUCAUCAGGCAGUACAGCAAGGCGGACAUUUCAGUAGCUGUUGCGACACCUACUGGUCUGAUCACCCCAAUAGUUAAAGAUGUGGGUUCCAAGGGGCUAGCGACCAUCUCUGCGGAAGCCAAAGGGCUUGCUAAGAAGGCCCGGGAUGGCAAGCUCACUCCUCAAGAAUACCAGGGAGGAACGUUCACUGUUUCCAACCUCGGCAUGUUUGACAUUGACCACUUCACGGCUAUCAUCAACCUUCCUCAGUCCUGUAUACUUGCUGUUGGUAGCACGAAGCCCUCUAUCGUUCCCGCCCCGGAAGAAGAACGAGGGUUCAAGACUGUCAACGUAAUGAAGGUUACACUGAGUUCCGAUCAUCGGGUCGUUGACGGUGCAGUUGGGGCGCGUUGGAUGGCUGCUUUCAAAGGCUACUUAGAGAACCCGUUAACCUUUAUGCUCUAAGUGCCUAUCGCACUGCUUUUAUAGAUUAUUACGCGUACGGUUCAUGUGCUACCCAUGAGGAUAUCUGUGCCCAAUUUAACAUUUCAAUCAUG